UAUAUAGUGUAAUCAAUAGUGCAAUCACAUUGAUUUAGUCAUUAGUAGCCAAAAAUAUAAAUAAAAGGCGAUUUAAAAUAUAAAUCAAUAGCCGAUGGGAAGAUGAGUAUCGACGACGUAAUCUACGUGAUAUGCCUACUGGCCUGCAUCGGAGCUGGGAGCUUUGUGAGGAAGAUUACCAAUGAGGAGCACCGGAAAUUGGUGUCCACCGCUCUGGGGGUGAUUGUUGUUGUGAUUGUUUCGGGACUGCACAGCCUGCAUUGUUUUGCGUCCUUGGCCUUGGGCACGGCGUGCGUGCUCCUAGUGCAUCCAAGCAAAUGCCACUUGGUGACUUUCGUUGUAAUGUUUGGUUACUUGGUGUUCUUCCGACUGUUCGACUUCUACUUGGGCAUCCCUGGCCACACCAACAUGAUCCAAAUGAUUCUCACCCUGAAGGUUUCCGGCAUUGCCUUUGAGAAAACUGCGUCCUGGAAGCGGCUGCAGGCACGGGACGAACAGAAGAUGAACGAUGAUCAGCGGGAUGUGAACCAGGAGAGCCUCGUAGAGAUAACGGACUACGACGAGGAUCUGCAGACGCUGACUGCCGCUGAGAUUGUCCACUACAGCUUUAACUAUAUAGGAGUUCUUACAGGACCUUACUACCGGUAUCGCACAUACAGGGAUUACUUUGAGAUGCCCUUCAAGACGCAUGCCCCCAGCAUUGAGGCCACUUUGGAAAAACUGAAGUAUGCCGUUUUCUACUGCGCUCUGUACCUGACCACCAACUAUCUUUGGCCACUGGAUUACGCAAUGAGCGAUGAGUUCUACAACGAUCGCUCCUUCAUUUACCGCCUGCUGUACGUUUGGCCAACAUUCUUCACAUUCCGUGCCCGUAUUUAUACGGGUCUGACCUUGAGCGAAUGCGUCUGCACUAUGGCCGGCUUUGGGGCUUACCCGGACGAGUCGGACCCGAACAAUGGAGAGGGACCGCGUAAGCGCUAUCAGCACCUAAAACGCGACGCGGAGAAGCACACAUACAACUUUACAACAAUUGUGAAUACAAGGGUUCUGGAGGUGGAGCGCUGUUGGACCUUCCGCGAGGGAAUGAAGCAUUGGAAUGUCUGUGUGCAGUACUGGCUGGCUGUCAACGUUUACAAGCUAUUUCCAAGCAAAAAAUACAGAACUGGCGCCACGUUACUGUGCUCCGCCUACUGGCACGGCUUCCGGCCGGGACACUACUUCUGCAUCAUGGGGGCUCCGUUCUAUGUUUCCUUAGAGGACAUGUGGCACAAGCUGGUGCGGAAGGACACCACUGGACCAAGACGAAAUGUGAUCGACGUGCUAUUCUGGUUCUUCAAGUGGUUUGCCUUUAGCUAUCUAGGCGAGGCCUUCCUGCUCUCAUCGUUCGGCAACAUUUGGCGUUUCUACAGCUCUGUUUAUCACAUUGGCUACAUCAGUUGGGCAGCCAUGAUUGCUCUCGGGCUGUUUCUAUCCAGCCAGAAGAAGGCUGCCGAGCGGAGAAAGAAACGAGCCGCAGAGAAUGCAGCUGGACCUGGCGGAGACGGAGUCCGUACUGAGGUGGAAAAAGAGAAAGCCCAGUAAUCAGCAGGAUCAUUCCAAAAUGGGUCAAUAGAUGUAGGAGCUGCAUGAAUCCGUCUAUCAAGAUUAAAUGGCUCUUUCAAAGUUAGUCUAAUUCUAUUGUAUAUCUGAUAUCUUCCGAGAGAUCUACAUCUCUGUAUAAAUUACUAUACUAAGGGUUUACCAAAGUGGUGCGUAUUUAUUCCGAGCCUACCUACAGUUAUUAACAAUAAUUAUAUUCACUUUUCACUUGUUUAAUUGGGAAUGUAAGUAAGUACACGAGAAAUAAAUCUGCUUUCGGUUGAAGAA